GUGAUAUAAUAGAGCGGCCAAAGCACCGUUUAUACAACAAUAUGAAACUAUCUGGAGCAAACUGUUUGUUAGUUUUCAGCCUACUACAACUUCUUAUGACAUUUUCAACCUGUGAUAUUAGUGCCAUAACAUGUAAUAAGACAGUCUGUUGCACGUCAGACAACGGCAAACCAGCAGCAUCAGAAAACGGUAAACCAGACGGCUCACUGUGUUGUAAAAAAGAUGGUUGUCCAGUUCCAAGUGGCACUUCAGAGUCCUUGCUUGAAAAUUAUCGGCGCGCUCGACAAAUGAAAAACUAUUUAACGGAAGUGUGCAAAAAUUUUAUAUAAACACUGAAAAGUACUGGAAAAUUGGUUCUUCACAAUGAAUUAUAAUUAUAAACAUGCUAAAUUGACUGAUCAUGAAGUUAUCUAUUUGAUUUAUUUGUACAACUUAAAUAACAAACGACGCUUGUAAGCUCC